AUGGUGGAUCCGACUGGAAAAGGAUCGGAAGGUGAGGACUCAAACCCUAACGCGCCUUCCUCGGGGAACAGUCCAAGCAGCAACAAUGAGCUGAAGAAAACCUGUGCCGAUUGCGGCACCACCAAGACCCCUCUCUGGAGGGGUGGUCCUGCAGGACCUAAGUCUCUGUGCAACGCGUGCGGGAUCAGAAGCAGGAAGAAGAAGAGAGCGAUUCUCGGGAUAAGCAAGGGCAGCAACGAGGAUGGGAGAAAGGGGAAGAGGAGUGGCACCGCCGGCGCCGCUGCUAUUGGUGGCGGCGCGUUGGGGAGGGAGGUUUUGUUGCACCGAUCGCAUUGGAAGAAACUCGGGGAGGAAGAAAAAGCUGCGGUGCUUUUGAUGUCGCUCUCUUACGGAUCCGUUUAUGCCUGA